UGUGACUGGACGCGUACUAUCGUCGCUGCAUAACUGGCGCGUCAAAUGAUAUAACGAAAUCUUAUAUUAUCAGAUUGUCUUAAGAUAUCCUUUAUCAAUAACAAAUGAAUACAACGAUGGCGACGAUUCGAACGGUUGUCAGUGUUCCGUUUGGCGCGAAUGAAAGUGACGUUUAUGUUUUUUAAUAUAUUUUUUUCUUUUUUGUUAUAUAAAAACGUGUAGUGGCCAGUGUUUUGAAGAAUGAAUUUUACGGAUAUAACAACGGAUUUUCCGUUGACUACAACUAUUACACCUGAAGUGGAAUCUUCGGAUGUAAGGACAUGGCUAAUGAAUAUAGUUAUACAGCGAGCUGCUGUCCAAGGCAGCUUCUGGCAGGGCUUCCUAGCGUCUAUUUCCGUUGUAAUAGUGUCAGAAUUAGGAGAUAAGACAUUUUUCAUCGCAGCCAUAAUGGCGAUGAAACAUCCCAGGGUCAUAGUCUUUGCUGGAGCGAUAUCCGCAUUAGUUUUUAUGACCGUUCUGUCAGCUGCCUUCGGGUGGGUGGCUACGGUGAUACCGAGGGUGUACACGCAUUAUAUCAGCGCUGCCCUGUUCGCGAUAUUCGGUCUUAAAAUGCUCAGGGAUGGUUGGAAGAUGGACCCGAACGAGGGCCAGGAGGAGUUGGAGGAGGUUCAGAGUGAGUUGAAGAGGAGGGAGGAUCAGGAGGAAAAAGAGGAAACUCUUGACAUGUUGGAACAGGGUCAAGCAGAGACCCGUCGGCGGAAGCGUAAUGCAAUGCUUAAAGUGUUGCUGCAAGCUGCUUCGUUGACGUUCUUAGCGGAAUGGGGCGAUAGGUCCCAGCUGGCGACGGUCGUGCUCGCGACGAGGGAGAACGCAGUCGGUGUCGUUGUGGGCGGCUCGCUGGGACACGCCCUUUGCACAGGGCUGGCUGUGAUCGGUGGCAGAAUGGUUGCGCAAAAGAUAUCUGUUAGGACUGUUACCAUAAUCGGUGGUGUUGUGUUCCUGUUCUUCGCGGUGAGUGCGUUAGUGAUCGGACCGGGGGAAUGAGCUCAGUCCAUAAAAAUGUAGACAAUUUUAAAUGAUAAGCGACGUAUGUAUUUAGUUUAACGUUAUAAUUUUAAGUUAAUCUCAUUAAGGGGUAAUAAUUUUUAGAUCGAUAUAAUUUUGCAAACGCUUCGCCGAUGUGCAUUUAAAAAUCGAAUCGUUAAUUGUUUUUUUUUUUUUUUACCAAUAUGCCUUUGAUAUGAGAGAUAUUGGAAUGAACUUAUUGUUUUAUUUUUAAUGUAGCUUAACAAUAAUGUUGUUAAUUAUUUUCGAGUUUUUGUUUUUAUCUUCGUGGUUUUCGUAAAUGAUUCAUAUACGAGCGAUCGCUGCAAUAAUCCUGAAUGUAUAUAUUCAACCUCUUCCUUCUUGGUUAAUGCAAUAAUAAUUUUAUUAUAAUAACAAGGAACGGUUUUUGGGAAAAUAGUUCGAUUAGGAUCUUAACUUCUGUACUGUAAAGCGAUUGUUAUUAAAACAUAUUUUUGUUUUUUUUUUUUUUAUGAAAUUGGUAUACAGGCAAAGGUCUGAAUGAUAGUGAUGUUCUGAGUGUUGAGCAUUCCUUAAACUAUCAACCAUCAAAUCAUUAGAUUUCAACCGCGGCUAGGAUAAACAUUGAGUUGGUGGGGGCCUUGCUAAAGGGAUGUUCACACGUUGCAGGACAAAAUAGACUGUCGCGAAAUAUAAGUUAUAUGAUGAAGCCCGGCGGCAUUUCUCAAAGGAAACUAGGCAAUUCUGCGGGAUAUAUUAUAGUGCACAAGUGUAAAUGUAUAAGUACACUCUUUUCACUCUCAUAAUCCGGACGGGAAUUCCGACACCAACACUCAUAUAAUCAAAUGACGUUUAUAAUAAUGGUACUUCACAAUCACAUUCUCACAAGUGUGACAUUCGCUUUACACAUGAUUUCAGUCGUGUAUCUAUGAGUUUUUCGUUUACGGAUCGUUGUUCCCGCAGAUGUGAUCUUGCCUUAAUUUUAAUUUUUUUUUAUUUGUUUCCUGAAUUGAUUGAAAUUUGAAAUUCGAUAUUACUAAACAACAUGACUUACGCACUUACGUUCUCUAGCGGAUGAUUAAUUAGACAAUGCUGUGUCUUCUUCUUACGAAUGUUAAAUCAAUAAUGUCAGAAAGGGACGAAUUAGUAUUUAACUAAACAGACGCUAAGCAACGUUUAUAAGUAAGGCCGUUACUUUCUUAAUAUACAGAGUUCAAUAAACUUAAGAUUUUGACAGUGUUAAAAAUAUUCGCUUAUAUUAAGGUUUUUUUUUUUAAUUAAAAGGUAAAUUGUUUUGUAUAACUUAAUCAUCAAAGGCCAUCGAAAUACGUACUUCGGACUAGAAAAAGUAUUAAAAUAUUUCAAUUGCAAUCGACUACGAACGAAAUUUUAUGUUAUUAAGACGAAAAAAUAAAAUAUUAUUUUUGAGAUUACGUAGCUCCAUAUAUUUUUAAGUGUUAUAAAUAAAAUGCAUCGUUACUAUAUAUCUAAUAUCAACAGCCCGUUUGUACGUCUGGAAAUGAAAUAAUUUGACAUCCGUUUCUCGACCCGAUCGUAAGCUAAUCAAUCAGUUUAAUGAUUGUCUAUGAUUGAGUCCUUUAAAUAUCGUGUUUAUGACCUUGAAAGUUGAAAUCGUUCUCAAGGAACAGCUCCAGAUUUCUUUAAACGGAUACGCUGAGACUGAAGAUUCGCCAAUUCGAUUCGUCAGCUGAAGAUAAAACGUUCAGAAAGUACUAAUGAGAUUUUAAGAUAAACAAAAAACCGAACACACCUGCUUAUAAUUAUGUGUAAUAUAUUUAAUUUAAUUAUUGCAGGCUCUGUGUUGCCAAUGUUUGCAUUGUUUUUUUUUUAAUUUUAGUCUUCGUAUAUUUUUUUUUAAACAGAUUAUGCAAUAAAUAAAACAAUGUAUAUAUUCCACAUACAAAAUUGUGAUAUAAAAUAAAACUAUAAUAUGUAUUUAUAGUCUGUGAUAUGAUCAUUCAAUAUAGUAGAUAUAGUGACCCGUCCCGACUUUGUAGUGAUGUGUUAAAAUUGAAUUAAUUGACCUCGUCGGUAGUGAAUGCUAUGAGAUACUAUAAAGCUCAAAACUCGAUAUAGAACUUUCUAGUAAAAUGCUCGUAUCAUCCUCAAAUAAAACCUGCUGUUCGUUAAAACGCGGUAACAGUUCUUAAAUGUCCCACAGCUGGGCAAAAGUAUCUCCUUUAUUAAAGAGGUAUAAAACCAUGUGCCCACUUUUCAUCCGACACAUGCAGGUUUCUUCGCGAUUGGUCGUUCCGGUGUUUCAUUUGAAAUGUAGAAUUACUCUACUUUCAAGCAAGUCGGGUUAUUAAUAUUAAAUGAUCAUAGUAAUUGUUGAUAGUAUCAGUUUUUGAAGUAAAACUUCUUUAGGCGAGAUUUUAGUGUACGUGUAACGUUUGAGUGAAACGUUUCCGACGCAUAAAGAAGUUUUGCUUCUGUCACGUGUUAUGUUAAUGUAAGUACAAAAUUUAAUGGUAAAAAAUCCCAUUAAAUAAUGCUUAGCGCUAAAUGUUGAAAUGUAUAAAGUAUUAUUUUUUAUGUAAAGACGAUUAAUAAAAAUAUGUCGGAAAUA